UAUCCCACAGAAACUAAGGUUGCUUUGCCCAGAACACCAACCGCUUGAAACAAGAGAAACAUCUAGUUAUUUGGUGAGCUUCAAGAGACCCUCACAUCUACUGGUAUCACUUCACCAUAUCAGGCAUUAUGGUCAAGUUGUUCUCAGCGAUACUCUUCUCCUUCACUCUCCUACGAUGUCUCUACGAUGUGAGAGCUACUGGAGCUAAUGCAAGAUCCCGUCGUUCUUUCGUCAAUAAUGAUAACCCUUCCGAAGUUCUGGAUAUUUUGGCUGACCUACGGUCAAACUUACUGAAAGGAAAUGAAAUGUCCAGUGAAAAGCGAGGUCUUGACCUGGGUUUGUCUCGUGGCUUCUCUGGAAGUCAAGCAGCUAAGCACCUCAUGGGUCUGGCAGCAGCUAACUUUGCUGGAGGUCCAGGCAGACGGCGCCGAGAUGUAGACCAGAACCAGUAAAGAAAACUUUCAUUAUUUUAAGAACAAUUUUUUAAUGUAAAAGUAAAUUAAAACUCAUAUAAAAUUAUUUAUUUGUUUUAGUCUUGGUAAUCCACAUUUCGGUGAAGCUCAGAAUUUCGAAAAUUCUAAAUUAACCUGAUUAGUAAGGAGCUUAAUAGUAUGGAUUGAAGAGAAAUGCAUGUAUGUUACUUCUAUUAUUUUUAGAAUAGCAGUCGAAAUA